CGCUCUGGUCCAUUUCCGUGUCCCUCUUUCUUCCAAACUCUCAGUCAUGGCAACAUACAACGAUCCGUACGCAAGGUCGUACGGCGGGCAGACUCAACCUUACAGUCACGACAACUUUAAUCCCUACGAGAACCGUGCCCCUCACGAGACUUACGAUCAAGGGGCAUAUGGGCCUUAUGUUGGAGGCUACAGGGACGAACCAUUUCGUCCCCCAGACCAGUUGCAGGGUCGGUCGAAGGAGACGAGUACUUUUGAUGAAGAUGACGCGAAUGGACCUAAGAGGCGGCUCACAAAGACGUCGCGGACCAUUCGGGCGCUCAAGUAUGACGAUGACAAUCUCUGGACUCGGGGAGGGCGAGGACGGUGCAUCGGCCGAUUUUGCUGUUGUUCCCUGCUUAUAGCGCUGUUCCUGGUUGUCAGCAUUAUACUAUCGCUGCUUCUAUGGAUCCGACCUCCUAGUAUUGAUAUACUUAAUGUGGGAGCACCCACCACAGGCAGCGAGAUCCAAUUUACAAAUGAUGGCACUCUAAACAUCAACCUGGCCGUCAAUAUCACUGUGAACAACCCCAAUUACUUUUCAGUCGACUUCAAACAGAUCAAGGCUCAGAUCUUCUACCCCAUUAACAAUACCGCCAUUGGAGGCGGGCAAGAGAAUAAUAUUGUUUUUGACGCAGGGAAGACUACGAACUUCACUUUCCCGUUCACGAUCGCAUAUAAAGCCUCCGACGACCCGACCCAGGCUGUGCUCAGUGAUAUAGCACAGAAAUGCGGAUUCGGCGGCGGAGCCAAAUCAAAUCUUGUGGUUGAUUACAAGCUAACACUUGGGUUGAGAACUCUGGCCGUUACAGUAUCACCGAUUAUCAGUAACCAGUUUAGUUUCGCGUGUCCUCUGUCGCAGUCAGAUAUAGAGCAAAUCCUCAAGAAUGGCGGCAUAUCUGGUUUGCCAGGCCUAUCCGGACUAGUAACCGGCCAUUGAACGUGUUAUUUGCUCGAUGUAGACAUUCAUUUUUGGACAAUGCUUGCCAUGUAUUAUAGUACAUACAUCUCAUUACUUUGGACUAUCAAAGUAUGCAUUAUGGACAUCACUAUUUUGGCGGAUGCCAUUUCAUACGCAUAUCACCCUCACAGAGCGUCUGCUCCUACACCCGGUUACCUUGGCUGAACGUUAUCAUGCUGGGAUUCGGGCCUCAGGCCUCAGGAUUCGGCCUAGUAUCUUGGUCAAUUAUAUUCUCAACUAGUCCCUUCUGUAAAGCUUGUUCCAUUUGCUUCUAGCCCAUGGCAGUUGUUUCUUCGAUGUGGCUGGCGAUUUCCUUUACUUGCAAAUGGACCUCCGUUGUAAGAAUGUCUUCAGCCCCACAACUCUCCAAGCAUUUGCCGACCAUGCCUCUCCACUGCAAAUGGCCCUCCACUUGAUCGCAUUUAACAUUGUCGACCCCCUUCACGACAACCGGUUCUAACCCAGACACACUCCAGCUGAUGUCACUGGCGCGACUCAGCACUGCGAGGAUAUAAUCGUCUUCAGCGUAUCCAUUGACCAGACGUCCCGCCACUACUCGACGCACAGCGGACCAAGUCUCGGGAUCACUUGGCGCCGGUAGACCGAACAGGAACACGUCCUGAACCAAGUGCACCGUCUCAGAAGGGGGAAGCGUACUCAGAUACUUCAACGCCUCGAAUAUGACUAGUGACCCAAGAGAGUAGCCGACUAGCGUUACAGGCCGCGUGCCGAAAACGCGCUGGGCAAGUAGAGUUCCUAGGACAUUUCCAGCUUUAACGGCCAAAGCUUUUGUGUUCAUCCAAGGGUUAUCUAUAAUACGCCCAAUCUUCAGCCAGGCAAUGGGUGCCAGCGAACUCAUGAGAGUCGCGAGCACUGUUCGUUUAAUAAUUUCUGCUUUGACAUAUUGCAUUGCUUGAGCCUUUAUCAGGGUGUAUAGCGCGUCUGAUAAAGCCCUCAGAGCUUCUACUUCCCAUUGUAGAGCAUAGGUGUCAUUGCCGCCAAAUACAGUCCAAGGCUGCACAACAUCCUCUUGUGAUGUCAGCCAUCCACUGGUGCACAACCUCACCG